AUGGCUACGCAUCAACCUUCCCCAACAUCAGCACAACGCCCAUACAAUGCAGCCAUCACAGGCUUGUUCAUUCUCUGUUCUGUCGGCGGCCUUUUGUUCAUGCGCAUCGCGACAGUCUUGAACGAUGUUCCGCGAGGCUUCUUCGAUCUUGUCGCGGCCUCUCAUCUUCCGAACGGUGUUGCGAUCAAGAAACACUUCACUGGGAUUGGGCCGCUUGACAAUGGACUAUCAUUCUUGGUGACUGCAUUCAUCACUGGAUCGGCCAAACUCCAUGAGCCAUUCUAUUGGAAUCAGGUCCAUUUCAUAAUUCAGUUCAUGGCGACGAUCGUUGUCAUGAACGUCGAGGCCUGCCGCGAGAGGCAUCGAGGGAGGUGGUGGACGUACACUGCCAUAAUUGCAUUCGUCUAUCAGAACAUUGGGGGCGCUAUCAUCAUUCCAUGGUGGUGGGUUGCACUUCAUCGAGCUUCAGCAGAUGCAUCUUACUUCUCCUCCGGAAGGACCGUCGAUCUAGCGUAUGCACGUAUUAUGCUUCCUUCAGCGGUGGCGCUGUUCUUAAUCCCGACCAUCGCUACCCUAGUACCUUGGUCUGAUAUGGACGUCUACCAAAAUGUUCUUGCAUUCUGGCAGGUGACUCCCUUGGGUGUUAACGUACCUCUGUGGAUUGCGUCUUUCUUUGCUUCCACUCCGUCAACCACGAAGAACAGAGACAUUGGUUCUUUAAAAUUCCUGUAUGAAGGGAUCUUCAUGAUCUGCACCAUCACGCACUGGUUCGCCAUCUAUGGCAUUCUCACAUCUACCGACCCAACCGUAACCUUGUCAUCCGUCUUUGUUCCCAAUACUGCCACUUGGACUACCGGCGUGUCUUGGGGUUUGCUUUGGAUUUUCCAGUGGGAUUGGGUCUUUAUUGCAACCAGUCAACUGCUUGCGUGUUGGAUCGCGUACCUCGAUGUCACGCGUGCGUUACAUCAGAAAGUCGACGGUGCCGGGAUGUUGAAGCAUGCGAUAAGGCUUCUGGUGUUAGUUCUGAUAAGCGGACCGGGUGGUGCCCUUGCUUCCGUUUGGGGUUCACGAGAGGAGAAGAUGAUGGAGAUCGAAGAGAAAGCAGAGGUUGCAAAGUCACGCUAG